GGAGGCGGCCGCAGGACCGACUCGGAGGCGCGGGGACCCCGGGCUGCCACCUGACGCAGGCAGGAUGGCAGCACCUGCCGCCCCUCCGGGCAGAGCGCGCCGCGGCCACUCCCUCCUCCAGCCGGACGUGGCUCCAGAACCCUACGUAGUGUUGGCGUGGAGACUGAGCGAUGCCCUUGUCCCAGGGUCCGUUUGGGCAUGAGGGCGGCGGUGCCGAGUUGUUUCAGCUGGGACCCGUGGUCCUCAGAGGGUCCCUCCGGUUCGGUGUCCCGUGAGCCUGUCUGUUUGCAAGCUACCAGAGGUCUUCAGUUCCCAGAAGAGCAGAAGUGUCUCUGGACCUAGGUGAGGAAAGAGCUGACUGUAAACUUAGAGCUGUCCUGGAGGGCCCAGCCUUCGGCUGAAUGGCAGCGCCCACGCUAGGCCAUCUGGUGCUGACCCACGUGCUGGUGGCUCUCUUCGGCAUGGGCUCGUGGGCUGCCCUCAACGGGAUCUGGGUGCAGCUGCCUGUGGUGGUGAAAGACCUUCCGGAGGGUUGGAGCCUCCCCUCAUACCUCUCUGUGUGUGUGGCGCUGGGGAACCUGGGUCUGCUGGUGGUGACCCUAUGGAGGCGGCUGGCACCGGACAAGGGCGAGCAGGUCCCCAUCCAGGUGGUACAGGCUUUGAAUGUGGUGGGCACAGCCCUGCUGGCUCUUCUGUGGCAUCACGUGGCACCAGUGGCAGGGCAGCUCCACUCUGUGGCCUUCCUAACGCUGGCCUUGGUGCUGGCACUGGCCUGCUGCACUUCUAAUGUCACUUUCCUGCCCUUUCUGAGCCACCUGCCACCUCCUUUCUUACGGUCUUUCUUCCUGGGUCAGGGGCUGAGUGCCCUGCUGCCCUGUCUGCUGGCCCUCGUGCAGGGUGUGGGCCAUCUCCAGUGCCCGCCAGCCCCCACCAAUGGCACCUCUGGGCCCCCCCUUUAUUUCCCUGAGCGUUUUCCUGCCAGCACCUUCUUCUGGGCACUGACUGCCCUUCUGAUCACUUCAGCUGCUGCCUUCCAUGGUCUCCUGUUGCUGCUGCCAUCACUACCAUCUGUAUCCACAGAGGGUCUGGGGCCUGGACUGCAAGUGGCAGCCCAAGAAACAGAGGAGGAAGAGGAAGAAGAGGCCUUGCCAUUGCAGGAGCCACCGAGCCAGACAGCAGGCACCAACGCUGGCCCUGACCUUGAGACUCACUGGCUGCUCUCUGCCCAGGGUGCCUGCCUGCUGGGCCUCCUGGCUGUCAUCAGUGCACUGACCAAUGGCAUCCUGCCUGCGGUGCAGAGCUUUUCCUGCUUGCCCUAUGGGCGCCUGGCCUACCACCUAGCUGUGGUGCUGGGCAGUGCUGCCAACCCCCUUGCCUGUUUCCUGGCCUUGGGCGUGCUGUGCAGGUCCCUGGCAGGUCUGGGUGGCCUCUCUCUGCUGGCCAUGUUCUUUGGGGCCUACGUGAUGGCGCUGGCAAUCCUGAGCCCCUGCCCACCCCUGGUGGGCACCUCUGCAGGCAUGGUUCUUGUGGUGCUCUCAUGGGUGCUGUGUCUUGGCACAUUCUCAUACGUGAAGGUAGCUGCCAGCUCCCUGCUGCAUGUCAGGGGCCGACCUGCAUUGCUGGCAGCUGGUGUGGCCAUCCAGGUGGGCUCCCUGCUCGGUGCUAGCGCCAUGUUCCUUUCCACCAGCAUUUACCACAUGUUCCACAGUGGAAAAGAUUGUGUAGAUCCCUGUACACCCUGAGCCUCUGCAGGUGGGGCCUUCACUCCACCCCAUCUGUCUUCACCUUGAGGCUGCCACAGGCCUCCCCACAUAUGGGCAUGCUCAGAGAUUCCUGCACACUCCUCAGGACAUGCUGCCACUUCAGACCAGGGUGAAGACCAAAGAGCAGGCCUGGGGCCAAGGACAGGUUGUGGCUGUGGGCUUGUCCCCUGGCCUGAGAUUGUCAUUGGAUUUGUACAAUAAAGCAUUUUUAUUUUGAAAAUAUCUAAUGAAACCUUACAAGAGAAGUGGGUUAAUUUUUCAGAUAUAUUUUAUAAUCUGCAGAGAAUAGAGGUUCAAAUACAGGUGGUAGGCCAGGCAUAGUAUCUCACACCUGUAAUCCUAACACUCUGGGAGGCUGAGAUGGGCAGAUUGCUUGAGUUCAUGAGUUUGAGAACGCCCUGAGCAAGACCAAGACCCCAUCUCUACUAAAAAUAGAAAAAAAAAAUUAGCUGGGCAUUAUGGCAGGUACCUGUAGUGAGAGAGGAUACCCAAGAAGGGUGAGGUCUAUAAGAACAGGUCUUCUCAAGGAGACCACAAGGAUACACAUGCAGGGUCCUCUCCACAGUGACUCAGCUCUUGGGAAUUUGUAAACUUAACUUCCUGAAACUUGGAAAUGUCCAGGUUCUGUGAAAUCCUGUAGUUCUGUAGGGGCAGGAAUAGCAUCUCCCGCUUGAUUCAAACUGGCCAAUGAGAAGGGUACCUGUGGGCUGGAACUUUUUGACUGUCAAUAAAAAGGGAAAGACCAAGGCAGUCAGGGAGCAAGUCCAUUUGGAAUUCUUCUUAAAGCCCUUCCUCUUAUAAACGUGGUGUUUGGGUGCUCUUUCUCUCCGUUGGGCCUUGUUUUCCUGCAAUAGUAGUCCCAGCUACUCGGGAGACUAAGGCAAAAGGAUCACUUGAGCCCAGGAGUUUGAGGUUGCUCUGAGCUAUGAUGAUGCCAUGGCACUCUACCCAGGGCGACUGAGUGAGACUCUGUUUCAAAACUAACUAGCUAA